GACUCCCUCGGCGACGAGGGCCUCUUCGCCGAGGAGCUCUGGGACGCCAGCCACUGGGCGCCCCAGGCCCUCAGCGUCGCCAUCGAGGCGGCGCCCAACGGCUCGGAGGGGGAGCCCGAGGCGAGGCAGGAGAGGCGAUCGAGGCGAGACAGCCCCGAGGUGGUGCCGCCCAGGGCCGCCAUCCCGGAGGUCGCCGCCGGCCCGCAGCUGGCGCCCUGCCCCCCCGCGGGCUGGCAGUACGUCGACCCGUCGGGGAAGGUGCAGGGCCCGUUCCUCCUGGAUAAGAUGCGGCAGUGGCACUCGCUCGGGUUCUUUUACCCAGACCUGCCCAUGCGGUGUGACCCCUUCGACCGCUUCGCGAAGUUCGCAGAGCUGUUCCCACAG